AUGGUCAAGGCUGCCCGGACUUUUCAAUGCCAGCGAUGUUCCCGGACAUUUGCUCGGCUGGAGCAUCUCCAGCGCCACGAUCGGUCGCACACCAAAGAGAAGCCGUAUGUCUGCGACAAGUGUCCAAAAUCGUUCACUCGCAAGGAUCUCUUGACCCGCCAUGAGCGAUUGUCCCAUAGUUCACCAUCCGGUACCCACGACACCGACAAUGGUGACCAUCCAACGCCCGCACCAUCAUCCACUGACCAUGUGUUGGAUGGGCUGAAUAUCCUUGCGUCCGCCGUGGCGGAUCGUACCGUGCCCACUACUCAUGGGCCUCCCCGCGGGCGGCAUCAGCAUCCACUCUCGGCCAGCCAAGGUUCAUUUUCUUCCGGUCGACCGGCAGCCGCGGAUCAGACGCCUCUCGCCGGCCAUUCUUUACCUGGCGCAGCCGAAGCAACUGCUGUUUUUGGUGAAACUUUCUCCGGAUACACUACAUCCAACGCAUACGACGGGGACGACUUUACGUCUUUCCUUGACAGCAUUCCUCUCCCCAGCCACCCUUACUCGCCGACGUACCAGCCCCUACCUGUAUUUCCCGCGUGGAACUUUGACUCGGCUGCGGAUUACGAUCGUUCAGUUGACCGAACAGGCACGGCGGAUGCAGCAGUGACACCGUCAAGCUCGGUGCUUCCUCGUCAUGGGACGCAGUUGCCCUCUCUUCAGCCCGAGAGCCCGCAAACCUCCCAUAGAACGCGACAGCCGAAGGGGGCCAUUUUUGUCACAACACAGUGUCGCGACGGAAUAAUUACCCUGCUCGCUGAUUACACCAAUGUCCUACCAGAUCCUUACAUCCCGUCUCGACACGCUUUGUCCCGAUGCCUUACAGGUUAUCUGUCUGGAUAUCACGAUCAUUACCCAUUCAUGCACAUCCCCACCUUGGACAUUGAAAAUGUGAGCUUGCCGCUGUUUCUUUCCAUGGCAGCAUUAGGCGCUCGGUACUGUCGGGAACCAGGUACAAGUUUGAGCCUGUAUCGAAUCGCAAGGACCGUUACCAUGGAACAUGUUCGGAGGACGUAUCAGUUUCCUGGGCCGGGUCAGUUUUCCGAAAAGUUUAGACUUUCGUCUCCUGGGACUCCUGAAAGCCAAGAUCUACUCGAAACGAUCCAGGCGUUAUUGCUGCUCCAUUCAGUCUCAUCAUGGUUCAAACGCGAUCCAUCCCAUCACGAAUCCCUCUUCAUGCGGAGUUUUAUGGAGACAAUGCUCCGAAAGGGAGGACUGAACGAGCUGCCUGAGCAGGAUGGCUCAUGGGAAAGCUGGAUACGCCGGGAGUGUGUGAAAAGGACCUCACUCAUUGUUUUCUGCUAUCUCAAUAUCCUCACCAUUGUCUUCGAUAUCACACCACUCAUCCUCACCGAGGAAAUCAGUAUGGAUCUCCCAUGCAGCGAAAAGGAAUGGCAUGCCGCAAGUGCCGUUGCUUGGAUGCAAGAGGGCAGACAGACACCGCCGGAACCAAAGCUGCAAGACGCGCUUUCGUCUCUUUUCACUCAUCCUACGACACCAAAGUCAAACCUGGAGACCUUCUCCUCUUUGGGUGGAUAUGUGCUGAUCCACGCCAUUCUACAGGAUAUCUGGCUCCUCCAAAAGGCUCGUCGCCUGCCCCUAUCGAGAAACAGCUCACUCUCUACAGAAGAAGUCUUAUCGCUUGAACAAGCGCUCGAACAAUGGUGCCAAUGCUGGGAGCGCAACCAGGAAUCUUCCAUAGAUCCAUUUAACCCUCACGGGCCUCUCUCUUUCACGUCCACCGCCCUCCUGCGUCUAGCCUACAUCCGCCUCAACGCGGACUUUACCUCCGCACGACGUCUGCAAACCUGGGAACCGAGCCAGAUUGCGCAAUCCCUGCGCCAGAACCUUUCUGUGCAGCGGGGCGACCGGCUGACACGGGCCGCCUUGCACUGCGCUCAUGCUCUGAGCACGCCCAUCAAGCUGGGGAUCAACUACGUAGCUCACUCGCUGGUUACCUCCUGGUCGAACCAAUACGCACUGUGUUCGUUGGAAUGCGCGGUGCUACUGGCGAAAUGGCUCGAGAAGGUGACGGUGCCGAAUCCUGACCCCGCCUUGACGGAGCAGGAAAAUAAGCUUCUAGAGUUUGUGAUCGAGAUGGUUAUGGAGACACAGCAUGGAAUCAGUCGGGAAUGGUUGUUGGAGAACAAUACCCGGCUGAGUGCAAUUGUCACUCGCCUUUGGGGCAGAUUGUUUACGACGGAUCAUAUCUGGGAGGUGGUCAAUCUGAUAGGGCAGUCUUUGAGUCGGUAUGCCGACAUUCUAGAAGAAGUUUCAGGAUAA